UGUUGUCUUUGGCUGGCACUUGUCCCGGAAUAUGAGUGAUUCGCGUGAACAGAUUUUGGAGCAAAUUAAACUGCAAGGCGAUCUCGUGCGUCAGUUGAAGGGAGCCAAGGAGUCCAAGGAGAAGCUCAACUGUCGAGGCCAGCAGCAGGAGGUGGAGCAGCAACAACAAGAGACAUACAGAGAAUAGGCGGGAAAACAGAAUGCCGGAGACGCUGCCCGCAACGGCAACGGUGACAGCCUCGAGCAUCGACUGCACUGUCGCCGUGCUCAAGGUACCGACGCCCACCAUGCAAAUGCCGCAGGUGUGCAAUCUCCAGAGCCUCGGACUCAUCAUGGAGCCCAAUAACAUAAACAUCGAGCUGAAUCCCGCCGCAGGGGUCACACCCACAACCACAGGCACAGCCUCCUCCACGACCACUCCGCCCGAUUUCAAGAUGAUGACUAUGGAUAUUACCAAAACAGACCCCGGACUCGUCGGGCUCUCAUCGAAUCAACAGCAGCAAUCCGGACAGCAGCAGCAGCAGCAGCAGCAGGCCGCCAGCAUGAACAGCAACAACAGCAGUGGCAACAAUGUGGGCCAACAGAAUGCCAGCAACAACAGCAACAACAACACAAACAACGGCUGCAACGGCGGCGGCAACAAUGGCAACAACAACAACAACAACAACAACAACAGCAACAACAACAACAACAGCAAUGUCCAAAGCAUUGCGGCGGCAGCCAAUAACAAUAACAACAACAACAACGGGAGCCAACUAUGCGCCGGUUGUGGCAAGCACAUACAGGACCGUUACCUACUGCGCGCCCUCGACAUGCUGUGGCACGAGGAUUGCCUCAAGUGCGGCUGCUGCGACUGCCGAUUGGGCGAGGUGGGCUCCACCCUCUACACGAAGGGCAAUCUAAUGCUCUGCAAGCGUGAUUAUUUAAGAUUAUUUGGCAACACGGGCUACUGUGCCGCCUGCAACAAGGUCAUACCCGCCUUCGAGAUGGUUAUGCGCGCCCGCACCAAUGUCUACCAUUUGGAAUGCUUUGCCUGUCAGCAGUGCAAUCAUCGGUUCUGCGUGGGCGAUCGCUUCUAUUUGUGCGAGAACAAAAUACUCUGCGAGUAUGACUAUGAGGAGCGGCUGGUCUUCGCCUCGAUGGCCAAUCAUCCGAUGCUGAAGCGUCACGUCUCCUCGCUGGGCCAGGGCUCGCCCACUGGCGCUGCUGGUGCACCGGGCGCCACCGGUGGACUGCUCGGCGGUGGACCUGGUGGCGUGGCCAAUGGCGGUGUGGGCGUUGGCGUGGGCGUGGGCAUGGUCAAUGGUCCGCGCACACCGGGCGAUCACAACAACAACAAUGGACCACAGACGCCCACCGGCGGCGGUUCACCAUUUGCGGCCGCUGCAGCUGCCGCCGCCGCCGCUGCACACAUGAAGAAUCAGCUGGGGGCGUCCAGCUAAAAUAAAGCCCUGGGCAUGGGCGGAGUUGGACCAGGUGUCGUCGGAGUGGGAGGAGCGGGUGUGCCCGGAAUGGGUGUUGCUGCUGCUGCUGCUGUUGCUGGCCAGCAGCAGUUCUACGGAGCCACGGGCUUUGGCUUGCAUCAACAACAACAGCAGCAUCAGCAGCAGCAUCAGCAGCAGCAACUCCAGCAGCAGCAGCAGCAGCAGCAGCUAAUGGGCCUGGGCCUAGGAGGAGGAGUGGCAUCUGGAUCCAUUGGAGGUGCAGCAGGAGGAGGCGCAGCAGGCGGAGGCGUUGGCAGCAUGGGAAGCAGCUGCAAGCGCUACCAAAGAAAGUUUUACAAUCGCAACUGAAACGAGAGAGAGAGAGAGAGAGAGAGAGUAAACAGAAGAUAAGAGAGAGAGAAGAGGAUGCCACAGGAUGAGGGCAUAAUGGAGUGACGAACGAAUGGAAUGGAGUCCGACACUCCAGUCUUCGUUUUGCUUUUUUUGACUGAGUUCAAGUUUAGUUAGUGUUCUAGUUUUAGUGUUUUUUUUUUUCACUCGAUUAAGUUGUGCCACACACACACACACACACACAUACACACAUACAACAAACACUUGCUGAAUGGCUUGCAAAUUAAGUUUUACCCACAAACUGAACAUGGGGUUUCGUUAUCUAAGGAUUGUACAUAAUUUACUUGCUAAAACUGUUGAACACUAGAAAUAUGUUGUAUUUUUUUUAGCAUUUUAUUUUUUUUUGUUUUUUUAAUUGUGUGUCCGCGUGUGUACCACUGCGUUUGGGUAUAUUUUUAUUCAUAAUUCAUAUUCAUAAUUCAUAAUUGAUAGAGUAUGUGUAAUAAUUAUGUUAGUUUUACACGCUCGAAGCGUGCGGUGCCAAAAUAAAUUCAAAGCAGUGCCAAAAAAAGUCAAGCGAAGAGCGCAUACGAAAAGGAAGAGAGAGAGGAAUGGCAGGCAGGCAGGCAGGCAGGCAGGUUCUAUGCCCCCACCGAUUGCACACAGCAAAUUCCCGAAAUUUCCAGAGGCAGGGGCAGAGGCUUGGCAACAAAAACGUUUUGACUUUUGAUAAUGUGUAAAUAUUGAACAAACAUACGAGCGGAGAACUUAACUAAAUACAUACAUUAAUACAUGCAUCUACAUAUACAU